CAAAAUCUCAGUCUCUCUGCUAUCUUGAUCUGAAUUCAAACUCAUUUGGUAAGUAAAGAUGCAGAAGAAUGAUCACACGGAAAGUGAACUCCAAACUCAAAUGGUUGGAAAUGAGAGACUACCUCAAGUAACGUGGCAAAGGAAGUUGAACAGCAAAGUGAAGAACCCUUCUGAGUUCAAGAUGAGUAUAAGAGAUGUUCUUCAUCUGUUUCCAAUAGGCUAUAGAUUGUGGCGUCACACUAAAGAAGAAGCAACAAAAGGAAGAGCUUCGAUGUACGAUAUCUUCAAGAAGCGCCAUGUAACAGGCGACCAUGGUGUCCCAUUAGGUGGAAUUGGCGGAGGAAGCAUCGGAAGGAGUUACAAAGGUGAAUUUCAGCAGUUUAAGCUCUUCCCUAAAGUUUGUGAAGAAGCUCCAAUUCUCACAAACCAGUUCUCUGUUUUUGUUUCGAGACCCGGUGGUGUGAAUUACUCAACUGUUCUAUCACCAACAAAGCCAAAAUCUGUAAAAGGUAAAACAGAGGAUUUAGGAAUAGAAUCAUGGGACUGGAACAUGAAAGGGGACAAAUCUAUGUAUCAUGCUCUGUAUCCGAGGUCUUGGACCGUUUACAAAGAGCCUGACCCUGAACUCAGAAUAGUUUCUCGUCAAAUGUCGCCUUUUAUACCUCAUAACUAUAAGGAAAGCAGUCUUCCGGUAUCGGUUUUCGACUUUACGGUGAGUAACCUUGGAAAAGAAGAAGCAACGGUUACUUUGCUCUUUACUUGGGAGAACUCAGUGGGAGGAGCUUCAGGGUUAACUGGAGAACACUUCAACUCAACAAUGAUGGAAAUAGAUGGAGUACAUGCAAUAGCUUUACAUCACAAGACGGCCAAUGGACACCCGCCAGUUACUUACGCCAUUGCAGCGCAAGAAACAGAGGAUGUUCAUGUCUCUGAGUGUUCAUGCUUCUUAGUUUCUGGUCAUUCUCCUAAAGAUAUCACAGCAAAAGAGAUGUGGGAUGAGAUUAAAAAGAACAAAUCAUUUGAUAGGUUAACCACCGAGCCAGGCUCACCUUCGAGACCCGGAACAUCCAUUGGAGCAGCCAUAGCUGCUAAUGUGAAGGUUCCUCCAGGUUGUGACCGUACUGUCAUGUUUUCACUCUCAUGGGAUUGUCCUGAGGUGCGGUUCAAUGAAAAGACUUACCACAGAAGAUACACAAAAUUCUAUGGCAAGUUAGGCGACGCAUCAGUGAUAAUGGCUCGCGACGCUCUUCUGAAUCAUGUUGAUUGGGAGUCUCAAAUUGAAGCAUGGCAAAGCCCUAUUCUUUCAGACACUACACUUCCUGACUGGUACCGAGUUACUCUAUUCAAUGAAUUAUACUAUUUCAACUCCGGAGGAACUAUCUGGACAGAUGGCUUGCCUCCCAAGGAAUGCAUAGAAAGAAACAAGAUUAUAAAUACAGAACAGAACAACAUUGGUACAGAGCUCUUCAAGAAAAUCAAUGUGAUUUGUGAUCAGAUUCAUUCUCCUCAGUCCUUGAACGCGGAAGAGAACAUCGGGCAAUUCAUCUACCUCGAAGGAAUUGAGUAUCUAAUGUACAACACUUACGACGUUCACUUCUACUCUUCAUUUGCACUUCUCAGUCUCUUUCCUAAGCUCGCACUCAGCAUCCAAAGAGACUUUGCAGCAACAGUUCUGUUUCAAGAUCCCACCAAGAAACAGAUCAUGAGUUCCGGUGAGUGGGUUCCUAGAAAACUUCUUGGAUCUGUUCCUCAUGAUAUAGGUCUAAACGAUCCGUGGAUUGAACUAAACGAAUAUAACUUCUUUAACACGGAUCGUUGGAAAGACUUGAACGCCAAGUUUGUUCUUCAAGUCUACAGAGACGUGGUUGCAACCGGCGAUCAGAGCUUUGCGAAAGCGGUUUGGCCGUCUGUUUACACAGCAGUUGCUUACUUAGAUCAGUUCGAUAAGGACGAGGAUGGGAUGAUCGAAAACGAAGGGUUUCCGGAUCAAACAUACGAUGCUUGGAGUGUUACAGGGGUAAGUGCCUAUUGCGGCGGUCUUUGGGUCGCUGCUCUUCAAGCUGCGUCUGCAGUUGCUAGUAUUGUUGGGGAAAACGCUGUUGCCAUUUACUUCAAUGCAAAGUAUGAAAAGGCGAAAAGCAUUUACGAGAAGCUAUGGAAUGGUUCUUACUUCAAUUAUGACGAUAGCGGUAGCGGCUCGAGCUCCUCAAUUCUUGCUGAUCAGUUGGCUGGACAAUGGUAUGCGAGAGCGUGUGGAUUGAAGCCGAUAACUAAAGAAGAAUGGAUAAAGAAAGCACUUGAAACGAUCUAUGAGUUUAAUGUGAUGAAAGUGAAAGGAGGGACACGAGGGGCAGUGAACGGAAUGUCACCGGACGGACAAGUGGACACGAACUCAUUGGUUUCAAAGGAGGUUUGGGCUGGGACUACUUACUCUGUUGCAGCUUGUAUGAUUCAAGAAGGGCAAAGAGAGAAAGGGUUUCAGACAGCAAGAGGAAUCUACGAGGCUGUUUGGUCUGAUCGCGGUCUCAGUUGCUCAUUUCAGACACCAGAAGCGUGGAAUAUGAAUGAUGAAUACAGGUCUCUGUGUUAUAUGAGACCUCUUGCUAUAUGGUCUAUACAAUGGGCAUUGACACGAACACAAUCUUUUGGAGAAGAGAAGGAAAAGUUAGUGAAAGGAGAAGAAGAAGAAAGUGAUUUGUUGUUAAGACAACACAAAGGGUUCAAAGAUGUGGCUCGUUUUGUGAAAAUAGUACCAACUAGCAAUGAACAUAGAAGCCGUCUCCAACACAUGUACGAGGCCGUCCUAAAUAUUCUCCGCUUAUAGCCUAGAGGCCUCGAAUUGAUCUACAUCAUAUGUUAUUUGUCUUGAGUAACAACGUUUCUUGUCAAGUGAGGAAGAGAAUGUAAAACCUUGAUAAUAAGACAUCACAAAUCUA